UCUCUCGAGCUUACGAAAUCUGCCAUUCGCGCCGGGUUUUUUGCUACACAUGUGUUAUGUCCAAUGAAUUCUUCUUGUAUUUUACCAGAAAAAUACUGAAAAAAUGGAUGUUACAAAAAUUGUAGAAAUUCUGCAGGGAACUAUACACCCUGACACACGUGAAACUUCCGAACAGCAGUUAAAUGAGAGUUCAGCUUGCUGUCUGUCUGCGGAACAUUCUGAAGCAUGAUUAUCCAGGACGUUGGACAGGAAUAGUGGAGAAGACAGUUCAUUUUCUACAAUCCAAGGAUCCGGGCGCUUGGUUUGGUGCCCUAAUCGGUGUCUACCAACUUGUUAAGAAUUACGAGUACAAGAAACCGAAUGAACGUGAGCCACUGAAUCAGGCAAUGCAGUUUAUUCUGCCGCUUAUGUAUGAAUGCGUAGUACACUUGUUACCCGACCAAUCAGAGGUGGCUAUGCAUAUGAAGAAACAAAUUCUGAAGAUAUUUUAUGCUCUAACCCAGUAUUUUCUACCACUGGAUUUGAUUAAUGAAGAAAUCUUUACUAAAUGGAUGAAAAUAUUCCAAACUGUUGUCGAAGCCCCAAUUCCACAGGAAACACUGCAGGUUCUCCCAGAGGAACGGCCAGAACUAAUUUGGUGGAAGGCCAAGAAAUGGGCUUUGCACAUCUUAGCAAGAAUGUUUGAAAGAUAUGGAAGUCCUGGCAAUGUUAUCAAAGAUUACAUAAAUUUCUCAGAAUGGUAUCUAAAAACAUUUUCCCCUCAAAUCCUAUCAACUUUAUUAAAAGUUUUGGAUCAGUAUCGCCAACAACAAUACAUAGCCCCAAGAGUUCUUCAACAGUCUCUUAACUACGUCAAUACAGGUGUGAAACAUGCCAAGUCAUGGAACAUUAUGAAAGGACACAUGCAGACGUUAAUCCAAGAGGUCAUCUUCCCACUUAUGUGUCACACGGAUGAGGACGACGAACUCUGGAGUGACGACCCUUACGAGUACAUACGGAUAAAGUUUGAUGUGUUUGAAGAUUUUAUUUCUCCUGUUACCGCUGCACAAACGGUGUUGCUGUCCUCAGCAUCCAAAAGGAAAGAGGUUCUGCAGAAAACCAUGGGAUUCUGCAUGAAGGUGUUGACUGAACCCGGAGUAGUCGCACGGCAGAAAGAUGGCGCCCUUCACAUGAUUGGCUCAAUGGCAGAAUUACUUCUCAAGAAAAAACUUUACAAAGAUCGAAUGGAACCAAUGUUGGUGUCACACGUAUUUCCUGAAUUUGACAGUGAAGAUGGAUACAUGAGAGCUAGGGCCAACUACGUCAUCCACACUUUCUCAGAGGUACGCUUCAAAAACGACAAAAACCUUCAGACAGCGCUUGACCUGACUCGUAGAUCACUCGUACACGACAAAGAAAUGCCAGUGAAAGUGGAAGCUGCCAUCGCCUUGCAGAUGCUUAUCACCAGCCACGAGAAAGCCAAAGACUACAUCCAGCCCCAUGUCAAAGAGGUCAUCGAAGCGUUAUUGAUUGUGAUCAGAGAAACUGAAAAUGAUGAUUUAACGAACGUGAUGCAGAAGCUGAUAUGCACGUAUUGUGAAGAGGUGACAACUAUUGCUGUUGAUAUCACAACGCAUUUAGCUGCCACGUUUACUCAAGUGGUGGAUGGUGACGAUCCCUCUGACGAUAAGGCAAUCACGGCAAUGGGGAUCUUAAACACGAUAGAAACGUUAUUGAAUGUCAUGGAAGAUCACAAGGAGAUUAUGCUCCAAUUAGAAGGAAUUGUCUUACAAGUUGUGCGAGUAAUUCUGCAGCAACAAGUAAUUGAUUUUUAUGAGGAAGUUUUAUCACUGAUCUUUAGUAUGACAUGCACACAUAUAUCACCCCCUCUAUGGCAAGUGUUUCCAAUGGUCUAUGAAAUGUUCAACAAUGAUGGUUUUGACUACUUCUUAGAAAUGAUGCCUGCUCUGCACAAUUAUAUCACAGUUGAUCCACAGACCUUCCUCUCCAACACUGUGUACAUAGAAAGUAUCUUCAACAUUUGUAAAAAGGUAAUUUCAGAAGAUGCAGAGGGUGGUGAAGAUGCUGAAUGCCAUGCCAUGAAGCUCUUAGAGGUCAUUAUUAUACAAUACAAAGGUCGCAUUGAUCAGUGUAUACCUUCAUUUGUGACUUUAGCUAUGGAAAGGUUGAUGCGCAACAUCAAGACAAGUGAACUUCAACAGAUGUGUCUUCAGGUGAUUGUGGGUGCGCUGUAUUACGACACUGCGAUCCUGCUCCAGACACUUGAGAAGGCAGUGGUUCCGACGACGGGUGAACCUGCACUGGUGUGGUUCGUCAAGAUGUGGUUACAGUAUACAGACUGUUUUCUCGGUUUACAUGAUAGGAAGGUGUGUGUCCUAGGGCUCUUGGCUCUCCUUGAGCUUCCUGACAGGCCAGAAGCUGUGUCUGCUAGUGCCCAGCAUUAUCUUCCAGCACUUAUCAUGCUCUUUAAGGGUUUACAGAGGGCUUAUGAUUAUCGUACAAGUUUAGAGAAUGAAGAUUCAGAUGAAGAUGACGACGAAGAUGAGGAAUAUGAUGAAGUGUUAGAAUCAGAUGAAGAUGAAGUCGAUGAAGAUGGAGCAGAGUACAUGGAGAAACUGGAAAAGUCGCUUGAUGGCAAAACUGAAGUUGAUGAGGAUGAAGCCUACGAGGAGACGGCUCUAGAAGGUUAUAAUACUGCAUUAGAUGACGAAGAUACGACGGUUGAUGAAUAUGAGGUCUUCAAGCAAGUCAUGCAAAAUUUACAAAUGCGUGACCCAGAAUGGUACAAUGCUCUAACAAGUGCGCUUACAGACGAGAACCGCAGUGAUUUGCAACAAGUCAUUCUUUACUCGGAUCAACGUAAACAGGCAAUAGAAUCGAAAAGAAUUGAGCGAAGUGGUGGAUACAAAUUCGAUAGCACAGCAAUUCCAGCAUCUUUCAAUUUUGGAAACAGCUAAACCAUUCUGCUCGCUAACCCAUCGUACAUCAGUUUUCUAGAUAAAUUAAUAGUUACAUAAGUAUAAGGAAAGAAUUGCAGUAUUCAAUUCUUGCACUAAUAGGUGACUAAACUUUAUGCAAGUAGACACGUUGUGUCCGAUCCAAAUGUGAUGAUAACUCCACAGUGUGACCAACACAUUUAAAAUGACUUAAGUACUAAAAAAAAGGUUUGAGUAUGUUGAUGUAGAGAAAAUAUACAAAGGUUCAUGGUAUCAUUAUAUACAAGUCACAUAAAUUUAGGAGCAUGAUGAUGUCAAAUGUAUUGUUUAUCAUUUGUUACUAGGCAGUGGUGGAUGUGAUGCACUGCCUUAUCUGGUAGUCCUUAAGAUGAAGUGAUCACUUGCCAGGGCAUAUGUCUAAGAUAUGCCAUCAUAAUCAUUGAAAUGAAGUCAUGGAAUGUGCCUAAGAGUUGCAUCUGUCUAUCAGUGGAAUAAAGAUCUCUUCUGGUAUGGCAUGUCUCAGAUUUGAGCUGCAUCAUAGUCAGACACUAACAUAAAACACUCAAGUGGUUUAAUUGAAAAAAAAAAAAUUGGCAUAUUCUAAUCUAUGUAUGGCAGACAUGUACCUUGUUUUACAAAUCCAACACCCAAUGAUCAUGAUCAUUUCAAAUAAAAAAUAAUUUAUUUCUGUUUUGACACUGUCCAUGAAAAAAAGUUAACUAAAAAUGUGUCAAGACAUAGCAGCUGCCAUAAAACCUCUCGGUGACAAAUAUAUUUUUUCUUUGACAAUUGAAUAUAAAUUAUUUAUCAAUCAAAUUUCUGGAUUGGCUACAUCGCAACAAUCCAUUCCUUAUAUUACCAUGUAAUUUCAGUUGAUGGACUAAGGGCCCCUCUUUUACUUUUUUUACCUCCACAUUUAUUCAUAAUUUUUUUUUUUUUUUCUCUGGAUUGAUGCUUUCAACCCACAUCUAAAGAUUGUUCACUAAACUAGGUAUAAAGGAGUCUUGCCUUUAAAUUAUCACAUGAAUGUAGAAUAACUUCCUGGCAAUUUUUAAAACCGCAUAUAUGAUUCUUAGUCCUAUUUUUAAUGCUGUAGUAUUUCACCAUGAAUUUUGCAUACCAUAUUUGUUAAACUGAAAGACACCGAAUUCAAUAAGGGAGAGAAAUGUUUGUCCCUGAUGCUUAUUUAUGUUCAUGUUUGAUAAUUAUUUAUGCUCGUGAAUCAAAUGGAGGCCUUGUUGGCAUGAAGCACCAUAUAAGUUAUGUAAGUAGCAUAUUACUGUAUGUUCAGUUUAUUUUGUGAAAUGUUCAGCUUUAUUUUAUUUACAAUUAUUUUAUGUCAACAUGAAAGUGAUUGUCUUGCUUUGGAUUAUGUGUAGAUGUGUAAAUGUAAAACUGAUCAUGAAUUUCAAAUUCAGAACUGUUGUUUAGCUGGGGAGGGGUAAUUUUACCCCCAGCAGUGAAUGCAAGUUCUGAAUAUGUUGAAAUGAGUUGCCAAUAUAUAUUACACAAAACUGUGAACUUUAAACUUGUUUAAGAUAGUAUAAUACAUACUCCAAGUAUCAAAAUGCACACCUUCGUGUCGGGAUUCAAUAUUUCGACAUUAAUUAUGUCAUCCUGAUGAUGACAUAAUUAAUGUAUAUUAAUGUAAAUAUUGAAUCCCCACACGAUCGCGUGCAUUUCGAUACUUGGAGUAUGUAUUAUACUAUCUUAUCUGUGAUUAUUCAGUGGACCUUUCAGUUUUUAAACUUGUUUUGUAGAGGAGACCAGGAGUGUUAUUGUGUAAGUAUAUUAAGGUUUUGUAAAAUAUUUGUAAAAAUCGUUUAAAACCUACCAAAAAUGAAAGAUAUGUUUUGCCUAUGUUUUUGCUUGGCAGCAUAAUGCUUUAUUAAGAAGGCUUGGAAUAAGAACAUACUUAGCAAAGGGUUCUGUUAGGUAUGGGUGUGGUGUAAGGGUUAUAAACUCUGGCUGCCUUAUGAUCAUACUCUUUUGUAAACAUUAGAAUUUUAAAAAACAAUGUGUUCUCAUUAAAUCUAAUAAGAAUAGUCAUCAAAAUAUUUGAAAAUUUGAAUUUUCCAUAUAAACAUGUGUCUGGUAAACAUUUGCUGAUAAUUAUUUGUUUGUUUAUUUUGUUGAAUUCCUCUGGUAUGUUGCCAAACAAUAUUUUCCAAUUAAUUAUAUUAUUUAUAAAUAUUAUUACAAUGUACUCUCAGAGUUUAUACUAAUUCUAGAAAAUCCGAACUCUGAUAAUGUCAGACCUUAUUUAGCCCAGUUCGAUACUUUCAAAAGUAAUAUUAAUAAAUUUGACAUUUAUGGAUAA